UCAUUUGGAUAAGGCAGAGGGAGUGAGAGGUCGAGCGGCGGCGGAGGGCGUGGCGAUUCCUGGAGGCGAUUCCCCAUUUUCAUGGCGAUUUGGAGCUCAUCCGCCAUAGGAUUUUGACGGCACCCUCUUCGUUCACGUCGGCCACAGCUGUGCUGGUUUAAAUGGGCAAGCUACAGAAAGUUUGCCAUUGGGAUGUUCCUGUAGUAUCAUCUUUAGAUAGUGCUGAUUCUGGAGGUGGAGCAUUUGUGCCUGAUGAUUUUGCAGGAGAUGGUUCUUUGCCUGUGUCUAUGGUAUUUAUUUAUUUUCUGCUUCUUUUUUAUUUUGUCUAUGAUUUUUGCAGAAGAUGGUUCUUUUUCCCUGUGCCUAAUGAUUUUCCUUUUUUCUGCAGGAAUUAUCUGGUGACGAAGGAGGGUUUGACAAAGCUCUUCUGAAGUUCUAUCUUAACCGAGUAUGUUUUAUUUUAUCUAGGACUUUUCAUUCUUGUUUCAUUUUUUUUACAUUUUUUCUGAUGCGUGAUAGUUGUGUUUUUGUUACGUUUUCAGAAAGUAAAAUGCCUCAAGAGGAAAUUAUCAUCUGCUUCAAGGAGGAAUUCGGUUAGUUCCUAUUUUCUUUUUUGUUUUCAGCAGUUUUUACUUUCUGAAAGAAAAAUGGUUGAAGUUCUAUCUUAAUGAAUUUUUUUUGUAGUGUUAGUCCAAUUAUUAGUAACUGCAUUUUUUCAAUGUAUUGCAAUGUUCAUUUUGUACUAAGUAAUAGUAAUCUGAAGCUAUUUUUUGACUGGUUUGAUAUGUGUUUUCACUCAUGUUGUUUUUGCUAUUUUCUAGUGUAAGUCCAAUUAUUUUAGUAGCUGUAUUUUUUGAUGUAUCUGUAAAGUAUUUUCUGUACUUAGUAAUAGUAAUGCGAAGUAAUUAUUUUGAGUGGUUGAUAUGGUGUUUCUCUUUUGUUGUUUUUGUAGAGGCAGAAACGCUCUAGCGAUUACCCUACUUGUGCUACUUUCACUAGAUAUUCUGGGAAGUUCUUCUCUGGUGUUGUUGAUGGUGUUCUAGGUAUCGAGAUGUUGUCCAGACAUAUGGCAUGGGCUGUCUCUUAGAGUUUUUUAGGACCGAGGUGCCCCUUAGGUUAGUGAAGUGGCUCGCCAGUAGGUUUGAUGUCCUUUCAUCUGAAUUCCAGCUCAAAAAGAAAUUUAUCCCAAUGACCAAGUAUGAUAUUCAUGACAUCCUCGACCUUCCAGUAGAUGGUGAGCCACUUGUGUGUGAUGUUGAAUCCGGCCGUGAUUUUAUCCUCUCUCACUUCAACUUGACCAGUAUUCCUCCCGUGUCCGUCUUUGCUAACAAGCUAAAAUCAACCACGGUCGAGUUGCCUGAUGAAGAUGUCUUUAUCUGUUUCAUGAUUGUUGCUUUUUCAUCAUUCCUUUGUCCCAACUCUAGCCUCAGUCCUAGCCCAAAGUACCUUCACAUCUUCCGGGAUUGUCCUUCUGUGCGUAACUAUGAUCUGUCAAAAUUUGUUUAUGAGUGGCUGUUGAGUUGCAUAAAAAAGUUCAAGGAUUCCACUAAAGUUGCUUCCAAAAGAUCAGUGACGUUUGGCGGUUGUCACUACGCUUUUGCUGUUUGUUACCUCGACCAACUUAAUUUUGGUAUUCACUCUGUCUCUGAUGUAAAGCCUCGGAUCCUAGCCUGGAGAGGCAACAAAGUUAAGCAAUUUUCAGAGCUCGAUAGAAACAAUAGCCGUUCUUUUGGUAAGAGGCCUCUAAAGCAGCUGUGUGCUUCAGUUCAUCCGAAGCAGUCUAUCGAGAAAUCUUCAGCAAGCAAGGAUGGUGAUGUUCCCUUUUGCAAUGCCAAACUUUUCGAAAUGAAUGUCCAUAAAUCAUUUGGUGCUCGUUUUGGGUUAGAGGCUGCUCAGGUAGUUAUAGACCUUGUUAAAGCUAGUAACAAAGACAAGCCUAAGCUAUUUGUAGAAUGGUCAGAAUCUCUUGUAAUUGAUGUUCUUGAUUGCAUAGCAAACUCACCUUUGAUUGCGAAUUCUAUUGCUACACCAAAAUUUUCUCCAAGUGAAUUUCAAUCUCUGAGCAACUUCUCUUUUGGUUAGUUUCUUUUCUUAAUGUUUCUCUUUGAUUUUGUCUUUAUUUUCUAUUUUUUAUGUAAUUUUUUUAUUGUAUGAUUUGUUUUGUUUUUUGCUCAUGUUAGUGUUUGUUUCUUUAUCCUUUUGAAAGGCAAAAAGUCUGUUUCUAUUCACUCUUUCAUUGCUGAAAAAACUUUGAAAAUGUUGUCGAAAAGCCGUCUUCUCAAGCCCAGCCCCCAAUCCCCAAUCUGAAUGAAAAUGUUAUUUCGGAUGGGGAUUUCGUCAAUCCAGUAGUAUUAUCUAGCUCAUCUCCAGCUCCUAAGGUGUGUGUUGAGAGUGUGGUGAAUGAAGCUAAUGCUGAAGGUGCAAUUCCAAUGGCUCCUCUAUCUUGUGCAAAAAGUGCUUCUGAUGCUAUAGGUGUAUCCCCUUCAACAAUGCACUGUCCACUUCCUGCUGUAGGUUCUUCUUUGAUGCAAUCAGCCGGUCUUGAUAAGAAGCGUGAGCGCAAGGUUGUUGUCACUGAUUUUCGAAAACCAAGUUUUGCCGAUUUCAGUCGCUCUCUUGGUGUCCAAUCGCAUCCUGAAGAUUCCAUUGAACAACCCAAAGUUAAAGAGGGUAUCUCUUCUGUUGGUGGACUGUCGCCUCUGGUUCCUACUCGUUUGACGCAGCGGUUCCGUAAUGUGGUGAUGACGUUGAGUGCUCUCAGUAUGUUGUUCAAAGAUUCUUGAGUUCGAUUGAUCAUGCGAAUGAUGAGGAUUGCAUUGAAAUGGUGAAGUUGCCUCCGUAUGAAGUUUCAAAGUCAUAUUUCUCCUCAAGCCACAUUAAUGAUCAGAAGGCAGUAGACGAUGUUCAAAUUGUUGGGAGUUCCAGUUUUGUUGAUAGAUGCAAAGACCUUUCAAGAUCUAAUGAUGCUGCUUACAACAAGCUUAACAACUUCAACUUGGUAGAAGCUCAGUCAAUUAGUCGUUUCCCUAAGAAUCAAAAAGCUGCUGCUAGUCCAGAAGUAGAAAUCUUGUCUUUCGGCAAUGCCUCUAGAGAUCUCUCUCCUGCUCAAGUUCCAAAAGCUGAUGGCGCAUCUUUCAUUUUUCCUAGUGGUUCAUCUGGUGGUCAUCAACCUCGCAGGAUGGUUUUACCAGGUAGAUUUAACUCGGAUCCUUAUGUUGCUCAGGGUAACAAGUUUCCUGUUACUGCUAAAGAAAGGCGACACCACCUCGCAAUGGUGCAAAUUGGAAAUCAUGCAAGUUGGUGCAAGUAUGAAGCAAUUCGAUAUGACCGAGCCUACUGUAGCUAUCGUAAUCUUGCAACUUUGAAGUCAAGAGAACAUGUGGAUAAUUUCUUGAUUUUGUGCGUUUGUCGUUAUCUGUUCAAACAAGCUCACCCGUCAGUAUCAAAGAAACAUUUCUUUUUCUCUUAUGUCGGGGAAACCAUCCUGAGAGGCACUGAUGUUGAUAUUGUAGGCAACGCUUUUACUGGUGCUAACAGUGCUUUCCCAAUGUGGAGAAGUGAUCUGUUAUUCUUUCCCAUUGGACAGGAGAACCAUUGGUUUACCUUUGUUGUUUGCUUGAAGGAGAGGGCUUUUGCAUUUCUUGAUUCUCUGUACGGGGCAAAGAAUCAUUUUCAUCUGGGAAUCCGUGACAAAUUGAUUGCAAAUUUCAUAACAAUCUGGGAUCAGUUUGUGACUCCUAUACUGCGUAAGCGCAUCGACUUUGAGAAUUUUGACAUUGUGUAUCCUACUCUUCCUCAGCAAAAUAAUUGGGAUGAUUGUGGUGUUUUUACGAUCAUGUACCUGAAGCACUGGACUCCUAGGACCCCAAUUGGCAAUAUGUUCGGCGCAUCUGAUGUUGACAACAUAAGAAUCAGAUUGGCAAAUGAGUUGUAUUUCAGUGGUUUCAACAGUGUCGACAAGACUUUUGUCACACACUUCUUUGAUGAUGUGAGUUUUUUUUGGUAUGCUUUUCUUUUGAUUUUUGGUUUGAUGUGUUUUAUUCUUUGUUGAAGUAGUUUAAAGUCUGUUUUUUUUGUACAGGCCAAGGCUUAGGUGUUCCUGGAAGAUGCAUUUCCGGCAUUUGAAGGCUUUGCUUAAAACUAGGCAUUUCGAGAGAUUUUUAGAUAGUAGUACUGUUGGCAUUGUUUUUUUUUCAAUAGUGUGAUUAAAUGCGACAAUUUUGUACACUUUGUCCUACAUGUCAUGUAUGGUGUAUUGGACGGCUGUUUUGAUUUUUAAUGUUGUGAAUUAGUGACCUUUUUUACAGAGUAGUAUGAGGAGGAUGGUUUCAUUGUCUCUUUUUUGUUCUAUCUGUUGUUUUUUUGUUCCUUUUAGUGGUUGUUUGAUUUUAUUUUUUAUUUUUUAAUGUAUUAUUAAGCAUGGUUGCUUCAGCGGCAGUUGGACGUUCUUGGGUUAUCAAGGUUAAUUUCCUCCCAACAAAUUCUUUUAUCUUUGUUUUUUCCUUUUUGGGGUGUUUAGUAUAUUCUAAUCAUUUUUUGUCUUUUUGUUUGUUAUUGCAGGGUUGGUUUAAUUCUUUUCUAAAGCCCCCCAAUAAUUAAAUUCAGAUUGUUAAAGUUACAAGUUCAAUUUUUUUCAGGUAAAAGAAUGCUUGCUAGGCUUUUUCAUUUUUUCCUUUGUGUUUAAGUUUGGGCGUGCCUUUUUGUCCUACUAGCUAGUUUCUUUUGUUUUGCAGUGUAA